AUGCGUACAAGUGCGGACAUUGCAUGUUUGCUUGCACAGUACAUAAAGGGGCAACCGGAGGAGCGAUUGGUCACUGCUGCUGCCUAUCCGGACAUUUUCACACCUGAUGUUGUCGAGGAGCUUAAUGGCGCUUAUGCUCUACUGCUGGAUGCUCAGCGACAGGCGAGGGAGGCGUGUUGUGCCGUUGAUGACGUUACGAGGGAACAUGGGCUCCCAACCGCUCUACGUAUAACACCCAAGGAACAAAACGAACUUGAUGUGACAGAGGAAAUGAUGAUUAAGCGGUUUGCUGAGGAGGUAGCAGUGUACCUUUCUGAGGGAGGUGCGCCAAACAUUAGUAGUGAUGCGGAGCCAACCUCAGUCCUGAAUUCCCAUUGCGUGGACUUACGCUGGCACCAACACUCUACCCUCGUACUUCAUGUGUUGUCGUACCUUCCGCUUGAAUUCACAUUAAGUGUCGCCGAGAACGUUUGUAAGGGGUGGCGGGAGUGGCUCUUCAUUCCCGAAUUUUCUGGAAUGUUUUGGCACGAGUGUACGAUGCGGGAGUACCCGGAAUGCGUGCGCAUGCUUUUGCUGUCGGGUGGUGGAGACGCACGUCAAUGUGAUUGGCGUACAUUCGCCAUGCUUUGCUGCUCUGUGGACGAGGAGGAUAUAUCCGGCGAGGGGACGCGGAGUCCUGAUUUAGUACACAGUUAA